AUGUCUGCCAUUUUCCUCAUGGUGAACCGCAUUUUGGGAACAGGUGUUUUCUCAACGACUUCAACGAUCCUGAGCCAAAGUGGAAGUGUCGGGAUGAGUAUCAUAUAUUGGGUCAUUGGAGGAUGUGGCUUUGCUGUCUAUGCAGAAUUUGCUAUGGCCAUGCACCGUAAUGGCGGUGAGCUCAAUUACCUGCAGUAUGUGUACCGCAAGCCGAAGUACCUGAUUGCAUCCAUGUACGCCGCCCAGGCCCUUCUCUUGGGUCAGGCGGCAGGUAAUGCCAAUGCAGCUGGCCAAUACUUUAUCCGUGCUGGAGGAGGGGAGACGACAGAAUGGAACUCUAAAGGUAUCGGUGUCGCUGUGAUUCUCGCGGCCCUUUUCAUGCAUGGGACCAUGCUUAAGUGGGGUUUAAUGUUCCAGAAUGCGAUUGGUACCUUUAAGGUGGUUAUUCUAUUCUUGAUCGUCAUUACUGGUUUUGUGGCGUUGGGAGGUUAUACCAAGGGCCCGAAGCCAUAUAACUUUGACAAUGCGUUUGAAGGUACACGCAACGAUAUCUACGGUGUUUCAUCGUGUAUCUACAAUGCAAUUUGGAGUUAUGUUGGCUAUUCGAACCUCUUUUAUGCGCUGGGCGAAGUGCGCAAUCCUGCUCGAACUAUGAAGAUCGCGGGCAUUGUGUCACUUAUUACAUUGACCAUCCUCUACGUGUUGUGCCAGGUCGCCUACUUUGCUGCUGUGCCCCGGGAUGUAAUUCUGAACAGCAAGCAAAUUAUCGCGGCGGAGUUCUUCCGCUACAUGUUUGGCGAGAGCUCGGCGAAGGCCCUGUCUGUAUUUGUCGCACUCUCGGCGGUCGCGAAUGUCUUUGCGGUUAUCUUCGCCCAGGGACGCCUCAAUCAGGCGCUUGGUCGCGACAAUAUUAUUCCCUUCGCAAAAAUCUUCGCGUCAAACCGGCCCUUCAACACGCCCCUCGCAGGUCUAUCCUGGCAUUCCAUUGUGACUCUCAUUCUCAUGUUGGCGCCACCUCAGGGCGACGCUUACAACUUUGUAUUAAACCUGUCGUCGUACCCCUUAAAUGUGGUCAACUUCUUCGUUGGCAUGGGUCUAUGCUUGACCUAUCUCCCUGACUCGUCGCGUUUCAAGCUGUCUUGGCUCCGUGGCUGGCGCCCCCCCUUCCGUGCUACCUUGCCGAUCGCCUUAUUCUUCACCUUGGUCUCUCUUUUUUUAAUUGUCAUACCAUGGAUUCCACCCAGCAACCCUGGCGAGGGUGAGUACAAAUCCAUGUGGUAUGCUCUAGCACCUGCCGUUGCCUUUGCCUUUUUCGCUGGAGGUGCUAUUUACUGGUUUGUGUGGUAUAUUUUCAUGCCGCGGGCUUUCGGUUACAAGGUGGUCGAGACCAAGACGACCCUGCUUGAUGGUACGCCUGUGACAGUCUUCGAUCGUGAACCUAAAUAA